ACACAGAAGGAGAAGAGAAAGCAGAGACAGAAGAAGAAGAAGAAGAAGAAGAAGAGAGAUGGAUUCAGCCACAACCCAAAGAUCAUUGAUUUCUCUAGCAGCAACUCUCUGCCUAAUCCUCAUACAUUCAACUCCAGCCAACUCAUACAACAACUCCCCAAAUGCGUACGAGGUUCUUCGGGAGUACAACUUCCCAAUGGGCCUUCUUCCCAAAGGGAUGAAAGGCUAUGAUCUUAACUCCAGCACAGGUGAAUUCUCAGCCUACUUCAAUGAAACCUGCAGCUUCUCUGUCCAAGGCUCAUACGAAUUGAAGUUCUCGUCCACCGUCACUGGUUACAUAUCAAAGGACACCCUAUCUGGCUUGGAUGGCAUCAGUGUAAAGUUUUUCUUGCUUACAUUAAACAUAGUAGGGAUCAUCCGGAACGGCGACAACCUUGUGAUCUCUGCGGGGGUUGAAUCAGCCCCAUUUCCUAUUGACAACUUUGAGGAGUCUCCUCAAUGUGGGUGUGGCUUCCAGUGCAGUUUGAGCGAGUAAUUAAGGAAGCUUAGAACAAACCCUUUUGGUAUACUUGAAUUUCUUUGUGUUUGUUGUUGGAUCAAUUGAUGUGGGUUGUGGUUGUUUUGAUGAAUUACUGUUGCUUAUAGUUGAUUUUUAGUGAUGCCCAGAAGGAUAUUCCCAUUUAUGAUGUGAAUAAAGAGGGAACGUUGUAUCACUGCAAUUUGUAUGAAUCCCAAACUGGAUGUUUUGUCUUUUACAGAACUGGGGAUAUGAAUGUAAUGGGAUUAGUGUAUUUAAUAUGAUUUUGUUCUUGGAAAAAAUAUCACCAGCUUCUGAUUUUACUGUUGGUGAGAUCUGAUUAGGUUUUCUGAGAAUUAGGAGAUAGCUGGUUAAAAUUAGACUCCAUUUGUUUAAAACCCGAAAUUAAUCUCGUGGAAAAUUUAUGAGGAUUUGACGAUGAUUUAAC